AUGAAGUUCUCUUCUUUCGUACUGGCUGCUGCUGCUGCAGUCUAUGCCUCCGCUCAAGAAGUCACCCGCUGCGGAAGCCCGGCGCCUCCCUCAUAUCUGGUUACUCCCCUCAACCAGACGGGUGUUCAGUUCUCCCUGCUCAAGCAGAGCUCAAGGAGCGUGGACACCUAUGCACAUAUUGUCACCACUCGGCAGAAGCAGGGAGCAUACACGCAGGCGGAUGUGGACAAGCAGAUCGCAACCAUGAACUCCGCCUACGCCCCAUCCGGCUUCAGCUUCAAUCUCCUCGACACUUCCUUCACCGUCAACGACGACUGGGCCUCCGCCGGCCAGAGCACAGCAGCAGAGCUGGAGAUGAAGACGGAGCUGCGGCAAGGAAGCUACGACACCCUGAACCUCUACUUCCUGUCCGAUCUCGGUGGCGGCCUGCUGGGCUUCUGCUACUUCCCAGAGCAAGACCCGAGUGCUCAAGACAAAAUACUGGAUGGCUGUGUCAAUCUCGCUGGAUCGAUGACUGGAGUGGGCGAGUAUCCAGACUACGAUCUAGGCUACACUACUGUCCACGAGACGGGCCACUGGCUCGGCCUCUUCCACGUCUUCCAAGGCAACUCCUGCACCGGCAGCGGCGACUACAUCUCCGACACGCCCGCCCAGUCCUCCGCCACACAAGGCUGUCCCGCCACCAAGGACAGCUGCCCUGGCCAGCCGGGCGCGGACAGCAUUUCGAAUUUCAUGGAUUAUAGCUAUGAUGAGUGCUUGGACUCGUUUACGGCGAAGCAGGGGGCGAGGAUGUUUGCGGUGUACGAUCAGUACCGGGCUGGGAAAUAG